AUGGAUCAUCCAUACGACAAUCUUGUUGGUCUAGACCAAGCCCAGCAUAACUCGGCUCUUCCCAUGGCUCGUUCAAUGCGGGUGGUCAAGCAGGAUCGCAGUCUGGUUGAGCGAGAUGAGAAACCCCGAAAACAGAGAAAGCGAGCCCUAGUCGCAUGUAAUCGAUGCCGGAAGAGAAAAAUCAAAUGCAACGGUGAUCUCAACACCGGUCUGGCUUGUUCAAGUUGCCGGAGCGUGGGAGCCACCGAGUGCCAGUACAACCGAGUCAACUCUUUAGCCCCUGAAGAUGCUGCUAGAGAGGCUGCUAGAAGAUUUGCAACCAAGCCUCAGACGAGGUCAGCCCUUCUCUCCAUGGCUCCCUACCAGCGAGAUGAGUAUGACCUGGACGUCCAGUCCAGCUUCUCCCGACAGCCUGUCGGCAUGGACUCAUUACACUAUGAUGACCAUUCAGCCGGCUACCACGGCCAGACCUCACCAGGGUACAUGCUAUCCAGCACUGCUGGCGCAAUGCUCGACUAUGGCUCAGCAUGGGGCAACCGGGCCUGGGACCCCGUGAUCAACGGCAGAUCCACCAACGGGGAGUUCUUCGAAGAACCAAGCCCCAGCAUGAAUCAGGCGGCCUACGGCUUUGUCCUGCCAGGUCAAGCUAUGUCCUCAGCCGAGAUGCCCCAGUCAACAGGAGCAAUAGCAAUGGCCUCGUACACCGAUGCCGUAGACCGCACCCUCCCCACACCACCAACCUGCCGAAGCCAGCCCCAGCCCAAUGUGACUGGGCUCUCAAGCCUCCCAGACGGCCUGUCGGGCAUGUCCCUAGCCGGUGAUGUGAAGGGGCCUUUUUGGAACUCGCGGUACGCCCCAUCAAUCCCUAGCAAUGGCAACGCCCUCUACAACGUCAGUUCCUCAACCCGCAUCAAGUCAAAUGAGUCCGACGACGGAGCCCCAGAGCUUGUCUUCGGCUUCAUCCCCGAAGACGCAUCUCCGCUUUCCACGGCGCCAUCUUCCAUGCCUCCCUCUUCAGCCGCAAACCCUCCCUACCCAGCCCUGGACACGAUAGACAGUCUGGUGGGCGAGUACAACGCCCAGCCCGAUGUCCGUCUGGGACGCACAUUCUCACGCGACGCCGCUGGCCAACGCCUUCUCACUAUAGCCUCUGACUGUACCCCCGAUGUGUAUGGGUAUAGCAGCGACCGACGGAAGUCAAGGGGUGAUGGCACCGAUACGCGCUGCUCUGCUCCCACUCUCGUGAACGGCUUACCUUAUACCCGUGUGAGACAUGCGGAUUCUGGCGUUGCUUUCCCAUAUAAUCUUUUACCAGAUAACCUGUCCGAGUAUAGUCGAGUUGACAAUGUGCAUCGUGCGCCGAUCUCACCAUUGGGAGGGCAUCAGGCGUACUGA